AUGUCAGACGAGGACUCUAGUGGCUGGCAACUUACAGAAUCUGACCCUGGGGUUUUCACUGAGUUACUGAAGACGCUCGGAGUGCCUUACAUCGUCGAUGACCUCUAUUCACUUGAACCGGAAUCGCUGGCGGCGCUACAGCCUGUUCAUGCUCUAAUCUUCUUGUUUAAGUGGUUUCCCGAAUCACCUGACGAUGAGCCUGGUGUCGGCGCUGGUCACUAUGAUUCAGAUUUCCCCGGAUUCUUCGCUCAUCAAACUGUGAACAACGCUUGUGCUACACUUGCCGUUGUCAACGCCCUGGGAAACAUUGCCUCUCUCCCUGCCGGACCGCAGUUUAUGGACCUCAUGAAUUUUACUACAGGCAUGGACCCUCAGACAUGUGGAAUGGCUAUCACGAGCGCGGAUUGGCUUCGAGAAGCUCACAACGCCCUUUCUCCACCAAGUGCCAUCUCGCUAGAUGGUCUCGACCUUCCGAAAAAGAGCGAAGAAGCCUACCACUUUGUUGUAUACCUUCCGAUACUGGGGAGUCUAUAUGAACUUGAUGGGCUGAAACCUUACCCAGUGUGGCAUGGAGAAUAUGACGGAUCCGGAGAGGGAUGGGUUAAAAAAGCAAGGGAAGUUAUCGAGAACCGGAUACACACCUACCCGACCGGAGCACUUGAGUUCAGCUUACUCGCUCUUCGGGACGACCCAAUACCUGGAAUGAGAAGACGUUUAGACACUCUGCAAGGUUUAGCUGGGGACGCUGAAUUUAGCGAUCUUAUGAACAAAUUUUCCAAUGAAAACUCCAAGCGCGAGCGUUGGGCAUUUGAAAACAGCUCGCGCCGCCAUAACCACAUCGGUCUUGUGCAUGCUUUGUUAUUGGCUCUAGCAAAGGCAGGAAAGCUUGACUCAGCGAAAGCAGAUGCGCAGAGAGUGAUGCAAGAACGUUUAGAGAGACAAAGAGCGAUGCAUUCCUAG